AUGGUUUAUUGCUAUAUUUGUUUUUGUACUUAUAAAGAGGAAGAAUGCUACACUCUUCCUAACUGUCUUCAUAAAUUUUGCAAAGCAUGCCUUACUGAAUAGCUUAAAACUAAAAUAGAAAAUCAACAAAUAGACCUAUCAGAUUUUAAAUGUCCCUAAUGUAGUCGACUCUUUAAUCCAGAAAUCAUCGAAAACUUCCUUCCACCCCUCCUUUUUUAAAAGUAUUGUGACUUUGCACUUUAAUUUAAUAAAAUUAUGGGAUUAGAAGAUCAUGAAUUACUCACUAAUUGUUUAAAUGAGAAAUGUAUUGAAAAAUUCAUCAUUUGGAAAGAUGCAGGUAAAUAGAAUAAUAUAAUUUUAGAGUAUAUGCAAUAUCCUUCGUGUAAAAUGAAGUUUUGUAGAAAAUGUUCACUUAAAUAUCAUAAGGAUGAAGGAAUAACUUGUGAAUAGUAAAAAGAGUUAUAACGAGAUUCAUUUUAUAUAGAAUUAAAAAAUUAUUUUAAAUUAUGUAGAUGUCCAAAGUGUCAUAAUAUGUGUGAAAAGAUUUCUGGAUGUAAUUUUAUGUAUUGCAGAUGCAAGGCAAAUUUUUGCUUUCUUUGUGAUGCUGAACUUACAGAAGAAGUAAUAUUCAUUUUGAUAACAGAAUCAUUUCAAGCAUUGGUAAAAUGAUGACCCAUUUAAAAGUCCUUGCCGAGUUUGGUAUAAUGGAACUUGGAUAGAUCCAGAUAAAGUUCCAAAAGUGGAGCCUAUUAAAGAAGAUAAAAUAGUUUAAGUUAUUCCCAUAGAAGAAAAAGAAAAUGAUAUUCCUUGCCCAAAUUGUGGUAAUAAAGCAAAAGAAGUGAGUCAACUUGUAUUUUAUGAUAAAGUUAUCUAAUGUUAAAGUGUCAAAUGUUAAAAUUAAGCAUUUUGCAUUUCUUGUCAAACAUAACUGGAGAUCGACGACUUAUCAAUUCACUUUAAUCAAGAGACAUUAUUAUGUAAUCUUAAUGAAUAUUGA